AUGACGCCAGGCUUGUGGGACAAGGGCAGCCCCGACAGUGGCUGGGUGAGGAGGCACUUCCCUUCCUUCGAAGACCGAGAUGUUCUGCUGUCGGAUAUGGACAAGUACUUGUCGACGAUUGCCAACCAGGUGCUCGUCGCUGGUCUGCUGGCGGGUCUUGCCUUCAGCGCCCUGUUCAGCGUUGAGCGAGGCAAGUUCACGGCGAAGGCUGGGAUGUACGAGCCCUGCGUGGUCUCAGUGUCCAUGGUUCUCGUGACUAACGUGUCCGCGCUGGUGUUCUACCUCGCCAUCUAUAUCACUUUGUCAUCCGCGGUACCACGCUGGAGGCUCUGCAGGCCAGCGCUAACCUGGCUGGGCGUCUCGAGUGGCUCCGCAAGGUGUCUCUGGGCCUGUUGA